AUGGCUUCCAACUCUGUUGCUGCUUCUCAACCUGCUGGUUCUCAAAGGGUUGCCCGUCGCAAGUCCAGACGCCCGCAACGGGCCACUCCCGCAGCCAGCGAGAGGUCUCACACGGAUACCCCUGAGGGCAAGCGCACCAAGACCCUUGACGAGGACGGCUGUGACGGCGACGUGCUGGUGGAUGGUCUUGGGGCCGCAGGUCUCAUUUAUCCUCUGCAGGCCCGCGACCCGUGGGAUGCCGCGAACAAACCUGGGGAGUCCGACAACAACGUUGGUGGCACAGCUACUCCAGUCGCUCCCGACCCCAACGUUUUCGUGUGCAGAUUCGAGAUGGAAGCUCUGGUGGCGGUUCUUAAGCUCGAUUUCCUGUCCUCUGUCAUCAACACCUCGUCCGCGCUGGCGACCCAGCUGGCGGACAAAACGGCUUCUUGUCUGCGCAAGUUUGCGGCGCAGCAGGAGGCCAAGCAUGAGGAGACUGCUCUUCGUCUUCGGGAGCUCAACCAGAGGCAAACGUCUCUGGAGCAGGCUCAUAGCAAAAUGGCUGCUGAAGUGGAUCGUCUCAAGCACACUCUCCACCUCUGUGAGCAGGCCGCUCCGCAGUCGGACUAUGCCGACGUCGCGGGCUUCGCGCGGGAGCCCAGUCGCACCUGCUUCGUGGCCUCCGCGAAGGCUGCGGUCUCUUCUUCCAGUGUCAAAGAGGCUGUUCUUCCAUGGCUGGAGGCCGCUGGCUUCAAGGAUGACCAGUGGCAGGCGCGCCUGGGCUGGCUUCGACGCACGCCGUCCACGCGCAUAAAGGCCCUCAAGUUGCCCGACGGUGGAGGUUGGCGCAAAUUCGAGACUCGCGAUGCCGAGCCCCAGGUGCAGGAGCUCUUCAUCAGUCUUGUCAAGAAUGGGCAGCAGAUCCGCCGCGAGGCGCCUAGUGAGCUGAAGGCUCCGCUGUCGUUUGCGACGUGGAACGCUCGAGCACUGUUGCACCACGACCUGCGCAUACGGCAGCACAAAAUGAAGUACUUGUCUCAGUUUCUUUCGAAGGGAACGAUCCUGGCGCUGCAAGAGGUCCACGCUACGGAGUUGGAGCUUCAGCAGGACUUGUUCAAGCUCCACAUCCCACACCUGGCUUUCUCUUCUUUCGGUGCGCAGCGAAACACUGGUGGGGUGGCUAUUAUCACACCAUGUUCCCAGAGUGGUGUUCAUCAGCGGGCAAAGUUCUGGCACGAGGAGCUGGUGCCAGGAAGAAUUGAGAGGCUUCGCAUUUCCAGUAUCAGUCACGACACAUGUCCAUCGGUGUCCACAGUCAUCUACAAUGUUCACAAUUAUAACAUAUCGAGACAGCAGGCUCAGUCGCUUCGGCAAAGGGUCGCUCGUGACGUGGCGCUCGCCAACACGGCGCCCGACAG